UGUAUGCAUAGCAUAGUAACGGAGAAAAGCUUUCGCCGGCCGCUCAAUGUUGGUCGGUCGAUGCGGUGAUGGUCAUGACAGCUACGCCUGAAAAUGCAGCCAAUGAAGAGUUUUGAAAUUACAACCAAAGCGAACCGAUGAUCAUUGGACAAAGUGCAGCCGAGGAGUAAACAGUCGCGAACGGCAAGACUACAGACAAUGUGAAGUGCCGUGGGCGAAAGAAAAUGAAAGUGAAAAAAAGAUUUAAAAAUGUGUGAAGAAAACAGAAACAUAAAACAAAGAUAAAAACGUAAGUGAAGAUAAAUGAAGGUGCGAAGUGAAAAAAUUGUAAAGCGUUGUACACAAAACAAGUUACAUUUUUGCAAGCCAACAACAACAACAACAAUACCAAAAAUCUACUGCGCGUUAAGCGUAAAAUCAAUCGAACGGAAAACAUUUGAUUUUCCAAGCAGCCAAGUCAAAGUUAUUUUCGUAACUAAAUUGCGAAACGUAGUAUUCGAGAAGAAAUAAAUAUAUAAAUAACGUAAAGCACAUUGGAAUUUCUUCCGUUCCAUCAUUUUUCCGCAAUUUUCCUGCGCCGCAAAACUGGAAAUUUUCUAACAUAAAUUGUGCAUGUUCGCUUGGAAUUACCAGUAUUUGACUGAAAAAUUAAAUAUGCAAAGCGUUCAAUUCGGCUUAUGCGUGGCGCGCGCGUGACCAAAUUGUGGCAGACCCAACAAACACACCCAAAAUUGUCAAAUGAGUCCGAUAUAACGGCGAAGUUUCGAAAAGGAAGGGUAUAUUAGAAAAAUAGCGCAUCGACAAAACAAGUGGAAGCAAAAUAUUAACACAAAUAUUUGAAAGCUUUUUUAUAAAUUAAAUUUGCAAGGAAGAAGUCACGAUUUUUUUGCUUACAAAUGUUUGCUUGAACUAAGAAGCUUCCCGUAUUCUACCUCUAAAAAAAUAUGGGACAGGAGAUAUCUCAACAAAGGAAAUGCAGCAUUGUUAGACGACACAAAUCACACCAACAAGUACCGCAAUCUCACCAACCACAUCCGCAACGAGAAAUAACGAAAAAUCUCAAACCAGCCUCCAACUUCACUUCGUGUAACGGCAAAUACACCAGACACUCACAAGACUUUAGCAGUAUUUAUGCGCCCUCUUCAAGCAUAUCGACGGCGUCCUCCAGUUCCACCGACGACGAGCACUAUCGCCUCCGACAAAAAUACAAUCUAAAUAAGCAAACGUAUGAGAAAUCUCGCAUAGCCAAAAAGCUCAGUCUUAUCAGCAGCACCACCGACCAAAGCACCAGCACCUGCAAUACAUCAAUUUCCGCCACAUCCGGCACCUACCAAAAUACGCAACCCAGCGAAGCCACGACAUACAAAAAUAUUGAACGAAAACCCAGUCAACAUAAGCGAAAAGAUUCCUCAAGCACCGAUAGUGGCAUUUACUACGCCUCCUGCCAUUGCACCUCCUCUUUUCUCUCCUCUUCAGCUACCUCCACGUCAUCACUGUGCUCGACUAGCCCCUGCGUUUGCUCCACUUCCGUCGCAUCUUCAUCGAAUCUUUCCCGCUCGUCUCUCAAUCAUAAAAAGAACUACCUUUGUCGGCACUUGUAUAUCAAAUCUUAUCUGGAUAUUUUGGAGGAGGACGAGAAGGCACGCGCUCAGUUCAAGUCAGCGCGACCUGGUGGCAUUCGCAAUUACAAACCCAAGAUUUUGAGUGAGACUGUACUGUCAACCAGUGCGCCACACAGUACUGGAUUCAGUAUCAGCAGUAGUAAUUUGAAGUUACGUGAGAAGUGCAGAGAGGAUCCUUGGAUUUGACAAUUACUGAAAAAUGGCGUUUGGCACAAUGACAUCUUUGCUUGGCA